CGCCAUUUUUUGUGGUUCAACAAGGACCAGCUAAUGGCGGAGGAUACUUUUCAAACAAUAUCAUUUUUCAAUAAAUUGGAUUCAAGUCAUAGCAAAAUGGUAUAGCAUACAAUUUGCUAUACACACAUCAUCUUAGCGAGAAAUAAAUUCAAAAGAACCAGUGUCCUUGGCUAGGAUAGCAAUGGGGUUUGAAAAAAAAAUUGACAAGUAUCAGCUUGUUAGGACCAUUGGAGAAGGUAGCUUCUCUAAGGUUAAGCUGGCUGUCAAUGGCACCAAUGGUCAGAAGGUUGCUGUCAAGGUCAUUGAUAAGCAUAUGAUCUUAGAAAACAAUCUUAAGACUCAGGUUAAAAGAGAGAUCAGAACAAUGAAACUUCUGCAUCAUCCCAAUAUAGUUAGCAUUCACGAGGUUAUUGGCACAAAAACGAAGAUAUACAUCGUGAUGGAAUAUGUAUCAGGAGGACAACUACUAGACAAGUUGUCCUAUGGAGAGAAGUUGAAUGAACGUGAGGCAAGAAAACUGUUCCAGCAACUAAUUGAUGCCCUGGACUACUGCCAUAACAAAGGGGUCUAUCAUCGAGAUCUCAAGCCAGAAAACCUGCUUCUUGACAGCAAGGGAAAUCUCAAAGUGUCUGACUUUGGAUUAAGUGCAUUACAAAAGUGUAAUGAUGUCUUGACCACGCGGUGUGGAUCCCCAUGUUAUGUAGCACCUGAGCUUCUAUUGAGCAAGGGGUAUAAUGGAGCAGCUGCUGAUGUUUGGUCAUGUGGGGUGAUUCUUUUUGAAUUACUUGCAGGCUAUUUACCAUUUAACGACCAGAACUUGAUGAACUUAUAUGGAAAGAUAUGGAAGUCAGAAUAUAAAUGUCCCACGUGGUUUACUCGGAGUCAAAAGAAACUAAUUGCCAAAAUACUUGAACCACGUCCUGCAAAGCGGAUAACUAUAUCAGAUAUUAUUGAAGAUCCGUGGUUUCAAAAAGAUUACAAGCCUGUUUUUGCAUCUGAAUUUGAUCAGAACAUUAACUCGGAGGAUGUUGAUGUUGCUUUCAAUUCAAUUGAGGAAAAUGUCAGAGAGACAACGGUAUCUAAGUCCUCAAGUUUCAUUAAUGCGUUUCAACUAAUAGCCAUGUCUCGGGAUCUUGAUCUAUCUGGUCUUUUUGUCGAACAGGAUGAAAAUAAGCAGACAAAAAGGAUGGGAUCCAAACACACUAUCAAUGAAACGAUAGAAAAAAUAGAAGCUGCUGCAACCGAUGCAAGACUGUCGAUAGAGAAAAUUAGCAACUUUAAGAUAAAAAUGCAACCGAAACAGACAAUGGCCACGACCAGUUUCAGAUCAUACUUAUCAGCUCAGGUGAUUGAAGUUGCUCCAACUCACUGUGUUGUAGAAAUAUCAAAAUCUACUGAAGAUAUAAGAACGUAUAACAAAUUUUGUGAAAGUUUAUCAAAUCUGCUGAAGCAAAAACCUGGUGUGCCAUCACAAAGCGAAGAUUCUGUAGAUCAAUGUGCCUCUGAUAGAAAAAAACACGACGCUGAAUGCUAUGAAGAGCCGAAAAGGGAAUAUGUCAAACUUUUUCGUGGCUACGAAUCUUCCUGAAGGUGGAGUGAAUCCAUGUCUCCUGUUUUGGUGAGUUCAUGGAAGUUUGACCAGAAGGAUGAAACAAAGUGUUUCAUUUAUUGAUGGAAGCAAUAAAUAUUUUUUCUCUUUUCUCCUUUUCA